GUCUGGAGCGCCCCCUCCCGGAUGUAUCGAUACCCUGUGAUCACUGCAGCCAGCUGCUUCGACCUCUUCCUCUGCUGGUUUCCAGAGAGCUCCCUCCGUCAUGGCGAUGCACGCUAAAGCAACUCCACCACAGAUCCCGGACACCAGGAGAGAUCUGGCGGAGCUGGUGAAGAGGAAACAGGAGCUGGCUGAGACACUGGUGAACCUGGAAAGACAGAUUUAUGCCUUUGAGGGCAGCUACCUGGAAGACACUCAGAUGUACGGCAACAUCAUCCGAGGAUGGGACAGAUACCUCACCAACCAAAAGAACUCCAACAGUAAAACUGACAGAAGGAACCGUAAAUUUAAGGAAGCAGAACGUCUGUUCAGCAAGUCAUCUGUGACGUCUGUUGCAGCGGUCUGCGCGCUCGGAGGGAUCCCGGAUCACAUGAAUGAAAAGCGUGAAGCUGGAAGUGGCACAGAAAGUGACACGUCUCCAGAUCUUCAGAACCAGGAAAACGAGCCGAGCCAGGAGGACACGGAGGACGUAGACUCAGCACUGCAGGACCUGAAGCCUCAGAAAGCUGCUUCCUCCUCAUCAUCAAGCAGUCACCACGGGAGCCACAAGAAGAGGAAGAACAAAAACAGACACAGCCCUUCUGCCAUGUUUGAUUAUGACUUUGAGUUUGACAUGAAGGUCAACAAGAAGCCCAGAGCUGAUUAUUCCACCUGAAGGACCAGGAUCAUCCAGGAACCGUGUCGCCGAACAUGUUUCUGGACUUUUUUUGCCUUUUUGUUGUUUCAGCCUGUACAGUGUCCAUAUUGUUGAAACAUUCCCACCUUGUGUCCUGGUUCUCUCUGGACCAGUCGGGUCAGAACCACCGUGUUUCAUCACACCUCCCUGUGUGUCAUUUAAAAGGAUUGUAUUUAUUGUGUAGCUGAUUUUCAUGUUUCCCAGGAACAUUUUCCUUUAGCAUCACAUUUCUUUUAUGAGCUGUUUGUUUUACAGAAAAUCAAUAAAAUUGUGCAAACGU